AUGUCGUUCGAUAGACUAUCGUCCUUGGAAGCGCAGCCGUCAGGCAGGCGCCAAGCGGACUCUGAGUAUCACGACGACCCGGAAUUUCAACGCUUGACGGACUUUCUUUCUAAUAAGAUCUUCACUUUAACCUCUAAUACCACCCGGCUAUCCAACCAAAUAUCGCUUCUCGGGACGAAGCGUGAUACAGACCGUGCGAGAGAGCGAGUACACAACCUACUAGAGGAAACUAGGGAGGGGUUCCGGGAGGCUGCAGAAGGGAUCAAGAAGAUACAAGCAUGGAAGGAUGUUACUCCCGCUCAAAAGUGGACCCAAGACAACCUUUCAUCCAAAUUCAAAUCUACUCUUGACGAAUUUCAAGCUGUCCAGCGCCGCGCCCUCGAGAAACAACGCGCAUCCACUGCAGCCGCACGAACAGCUAUAGAGGAGUCUACUGCGCACACCGUCCCUGAAGGCGAGGAGAACCAGGGUUUACAGCAACUCCAAGAACAGCCUCGUCUCGCCUCGCAAGAUGAUGUUGAUUUCCAAGAAGCACUCAUCAUCGAACGCGAGGCUGAAAUCCGGAACAUUGAACAGAGUGUCGGGGAACUCAACGAACUAUUCCGAGAUGUUGGCCACAUUGUUCGGGAACAAGGUGGACAAAUCGACAUAAUCAGUGAGAACGUGUACAACACAAGAGACGACACGCGAGGAGCAGAGCGGGAACUUCGGACUGCGAGCAGGCAUCAGAAGAAUGCUCGAAACAAGAUGUGCUGCCUGCUAGUUAUCAUGGCUAUCAUCCUAAUUAUCAUUGUGUUGGCCGUUGUACUGGGUUGA